UCUCUUAUCUAAGAGGGCAUCUUCGGGCCCAGCUUAUGCCAUGGCACGCAAGGAGGACCCAGAGAGAGAUGCUCCACAAGCACUUGACUUGUCCAGCGGCCGCUUUACCCGCGAGCCACGCUUCGAGUGCCUCAAGGUGCUGCUCGUGUCGGGCCAGCCCCUGGUCACUGAAGACCUGGCGGAGGUCUUGAGACGGGCGCCCAACCUGUGGAAGCUUGAUGCCAGCUACUGCGGCUUGAAUGCUUUGCCAGAGGGCCCUGAGCUUUGGCAAAGGAUGCUGAACAUGAAGAGCCUGUUGCUGCACGUGAAUCACCUGGCCAAGUGGCAAGAUGUGGAGCUUGCAGCUUCACCUCCAAAUUUGGAGUGGUUGUCCAUGUACGGCAAUCCCAUCACCUCCCAGCCAGAGUACCAGUCGCACGUGCUGGGCAUCGCGUCCUCCCUGGUGGCGCUGGACCUGCGGGUGUUGACGGACCAAGAGCACAGCCGCCGCGCGGCAACCGCGCCCGGCAGCUUCCGGCGCUUUGCGGCCAACUCGGAGGCCAGCUCCUUCCUCUUCCGCGCCAAGCCGUGUGCUGAUCCCCUGCCGCCCCAGGAAUUGCUGCAGGAGGCCGCUGACGAGCUUAGGCAGCUCUACGUAAAAUCAGCCUACUGCAGUGCAGCUUUCGCCAUCCAGGGAUGCUGGAGGGUCUACAAGGCCCGCUCAGUGAAAGUGCGCCUCUCACAAACUCGGCAGAGGAGUGCCAUCAUGCUCCAAAAAUGCGCACGGAAGUUUCUUUGGAAGCGACAAAUGCAGACGUACGUUCAAAACUUCUUGGCAGAGGAAGAAGGGCUCGACCUGCUGCUCAACGCCAAGGAGAUGCUCACGCUCCGCGCCUCCAAGCUCAUUGAGUCUUCAGUGCGUCGCUGGGUGCGGCGCCGCAAGGAGCGUCGGACCGUACGCCAGGCAGCCACAGUCAUUGCCCGGAAUGUCAAGGGUUACCUGACCCGCUGCAAGCUCCUCCGAAAGUUUCUGGAGCUGGACGAGUACAGGCGCAUCUACUUCCCAGCGUCCUUCACGUGGGAAGCCAUUGUGCUUCUGAACGUGGCUCGGGCUGCGUGCGACAUGCCACCCCUGCCGAGGGAGCACCGCUUCGAGGCCGCGGAUGUCAUGGCCAUUCGGUUAGUGGACUCCAGCGAGAUGCCGCGCAUGAAGUCGGAGGUCUCCCGCUUGCUGGCCUUCAGGAACUUCAGCUUGCUGAGGCCGUGCCACUCUGGUCGAUAUCCCAGCCAUCUUUGGGAUGGGCCUUUUCAUCGCCUGGUGGCGGGCGGUGCUUCGGAAAGGAUUUGCCAGGCCUAUCAGAAGGUCCGCCGGCGCGCAGCAAACGUGGACAACAUUUGCCGCAAGGUCUUUCUGGCUUCCUGCGCGUGCGGACCACACCCCAUCCAGGGUGCCCCGUACGAGGAAGGUCCUUUUGUGGUGCGCCAGCCACGCGCGUCGCGGGGCGGCCCGGACUUCCGGGAGCUCUACCACUUCGACAAGCUCUUGGGCGAGGGAGACUUCGGAAUUGUCUACACCUGCGAGGUCCGUCCUGGUCCAGCUUGGGACGAGGAGAUGCGGGAGCCGCCGAGCGUGGAUGAAGACAUAGAUUCCGGCGACCAGGAGUCCCCGAACCUGGUGCAGCUUCUGGCGGAGCGGCGACGCCAGCAGCGCGUGGAGCGCCGUCAGCGAGAGCAGCGCACUGUUGACCAAACCACACCCGACGUCCCCGCUUCCGGACUGGUGGUGAAGUUGGUAGAUCACGGGACGAGCUGGUGGGGCAAUUUGGCCGCCUCCUCCUUGCACGAGUCGCAGCGCUGCCAGUCCUGGCUGCUACUAUCUCAGGAGGUGAAGAAGCUCUCGCAGCUGAGCCAUCCGAAUCUGAUCAAGACGCACACCGUUUUCGUUGACGACUACUUUGUGUACUUUGUGAUCUCCAGGUUCACGUGCAGCUUGCGCAUCGCGGUGCUCGCUGCUGGAAAGUUCUCGCGUCGGGGUCUGCCGGUGCCGGUGGCGGCAGAUGUGGCCGUCCAGCUUCUGUCACCGCUGGCAUACCUCCAUGCCCAUCGUGUCGUGCACCGCGGCAUAACUCCGGACAACCUGGUGGUCAACACGCCAGACUUGCUGAGAGAGAGUUUCCAGCUUGUCAUUGCGGACCUGUACUCCACAGCUCGCACUUUCGAGGCCGGCGCCUUCCUAGGGGAGGUCAUCGGGUCCCCCGAGUACUGGGCGCCGGAGGUGGCUGAGUGCGAGUACAGCUGCGCCGCCGAUGUGUGGGCGGCUGGGGUCGUCUUGUGGUUUGCGCAGACCAAGCGGCUUCCCUUCAACAGUCUGCACAGUGUGCUGACCCGAGAUGUGGAACCCAAUGUGCGCAUCUCCCAUGAGGUGUUCGAGUCGAUGGCAUGCAUGCUUUGUAGGGAGGUGCCGAAGCGGGUGACUGCCGAGGAGGCUCUGCGUGAUGACUGGCUGCGGGAAAGCCUGCAGGGCCCCAGCGUGUCGCAGAGCCGCCGUGGCGCGGUGACUCCUGCCGGCUACGCGGGCGGCAAAGUAUUGCAGGAAACAGAUGACAGGGACAGCGACGAAGAGUCGGACCCUCCCAGCGGGGCAUCCAGCGUGGUAUUUCCUACUCGCGAGAUAAAUCCGAUCCCUGAGCGCAAUGCCUCUAAGAAGAGGCUGCUGCGCCGCAAGAGCAUCACGGAUUUGCGGCAGCUGUCAAACAAGCAGCGGGAGGAGCCAUCCAACUGGGGGAGGCCGACCCGUGCGGCACGCCGGCUGCCGGAGAAGAAGCGGCGAGCGGACGAGCGCUUUGCCAUGGGCGAGAAGGUAACGGUGAGCUUCGAAGCCGCCAUCCAGAGGUGCCAGGACUCUGCCGGCGGCUCUCUACAGCCCUUUGUGUCCUAUGAGUGGUGGAGUGAGGAACGCUGCCGCAGGCUCGGCCUGGAGAUGAACGACGUGCCCCUGGCUUCGUGGUGGCAGCCACGCCCGGAGGGGCUUUCCUACGUUUGUCCUGCUUCUGCCGAUGACCUGGGCAAGAUUUUAGAAGAAAUUGCACCAGACAUGCUACGUGCUUCGCGGACCAGUUCCCCCGCCCAGAACUGGGACGACGUCCUUCUAAGCCCAUACUACUUCAAAGGGACUUCAGCUCUCACGGACAAGCUCUUCAAGCAGUUGAGGGAUGGACGUUGCCGGCUUUGCGUGGAGAACGGCCGCCUGUGCAGAGUGGUGGAUCUCUUGGUCCUGCGUGUCAAGUCAGCCAGUGGCAAGUACCUGGUCGGGGGCGAGCGCAUGUUCAGCUCCAUGGAGAGCCGAGAGGAAGCCAUUGCCAAGAUGCGAGAUCUGGAGGAGAGCGACUCCGACGAGCAAGGGACCCUGGUGGGCAGCGCCAGGAUCACUGCUGCUCAAGUCAUGGUAUUGAACCUCGAAGAGCAGCGAGCAAAGCCCAAGAAAGAAGUGCAGGAGGAGAACCCCUUGGAGAUGCGGCGAUACUGGCGCUUCCCCACGGUAGAGCGGCCACUAGGUGGCCUGGGAGUUGGGCGAUGCGGGGGAUUGGACGAGCUGCGCCAGGCGCUGGACGCGCUGAUCGCGGAGCAACUGCGGGCAAAGCCGGAGGCGCUGCGAGUCUUCGACUCUGCAGCUUCCGUGGAGGUUGCUUGCGAGCAGUCCGAGUCCGUGGAAUUCCCAGGCAUCCUGGAUUUGCGGCGGCGCCACUACUUUGAUGCGCUGGUGAACGAAGAUGCAGGUCGCUCGAAGCUGUCGCAGAUUGGCAUCCCGGGGGAAAAGCCCUUCCGCACCUCGUUCCUGCCGGCAGAAGAUAUUCAGUGGUGCUGGGCGGAGGAGAGCGAAUGCGAGAAGCUGGGCGUGCAGGUGCACGUGGAGCCUAUCCAGGAUGACCCAGUUCUCUGGAACUUCCGAGCAAUUCCAGCCAAGCAGCUCCGGGGCAAACCGCUGGAAGAGCUGCUGGCGAAGUACGGCUUCCUGCGCUCCAAUGCCGCAGUCUCUGAGAAGCCGCUGCGCACCGUAGCCCGCUUCGCUGGAGAAGUGGCUCGCGGCCAACUUCGACUUUGGGAGAGGAAGUCCGCAAGAGACAGAAGGCCGUCUCAGCUCUCCCCCGGCUUCAGCCGGGAUGGCGGGGAGCUGCUGCUCUUGGAGGAGGUCCUCAUGCUGCGUGUACGCAGCGCCAAGGGCAACUUCCUGGUGAGCGCUCGCCAGUUCAUCGAAGGUGAAGCCAACAAGUGGAAUCUCUUCGGCACGAGGACGGCCACCGACAGCUGCUUUUUUCCGGAGGUGAAGUUGAAGAAUGGAGAGGAUCCAGUGGUGGCGACUCACCGCACCAUCAGGGAGCAUUUGCAUCUCUCGCAGGCGAUGCCCACCUGCAUCCACUUUGGCCAGAGGAAGCUUGAGGAGCAGAGAGCGCAGCAAAAGGGCCUCGCCAAACUCAUUGUUCGACAGGUGGUGGAUGUGCAGCUAGGUGAGCCGGAUGUCGGGAUGUUGUGCUGCUUGAUGAUGCCAGGGAUGGAGAAAGAGGCGGAGGCCUUGGGAGUUUACCUUCAGCGGCUCAGACCCCGCGGGGACGAGGAGGAGGUGGCUGUGGAUGCCAUGAUGCAGGAGCUGGUGGAAGGGGCGGACUGCCCCGUGGCACAAGCCGUGCAGAGCGAAGCUGACAGCCCGCCCGCGCGCGAGGCGCAGCUGGCGGCCCAGGUGGCCGAGAAAGACCCGACACUCAUGCGCUUCCUGCACGAGGCCUGGCGCCUCGGUAGCCGGCCACGCAAGGAGGAUGGGAAGCCCAUCGCGCAGCAUGAUCCGGCCACUGGCAAGAAGAUCUACCGUGAUGCUACUUGGCUGUCCCAGCCACUUGUGAGCUGCUGCUGCGAGACCCCUCGCUUGGCAGAGCGGUUCAUCCUUUUCAUGCUGCACUUUGCGGGCACAGGCGGCGAUGCGCCACUCGUGCGGCCGGUGCCCUUCUUGCCGGAGCGCUUUGUAAAACAGGCGGCGGCGGCGCUGUGCGUGCAGGCUGCCUGGAGGGCGCACCGGGAGCGUUGCUCCCUCAGCUGCAACCUUCGCACCGCUGCCACGCUCCGCCGCUGUGCACUCUGCAUCCAGCGGUGCUGGCGCUGGUCGCUGCUGAAGCGCCGCCUCGAGCUGCUGCAGGGCGCCGCCCGCGCGGCCCGCCGCGUGCGAGGUGUGAGCCUCUACAUUGAGGAGCGUUUGCUCAUUGCUUUAAACCUCAUCAAUAGUGUGAAUCGCUAUCCACCUUUGCUUUGCGAGAGCAGCCAUUGCUUUGCUGCAAAUACGGAGGAUGAGAUCGUCCUGGUUGUCCAUCCGCCAAAGCAUUCCUCUUGGAAGCGGGUAAAGGAGCCGAAGGAGGCCAAGGCGGCACGCCGCGCGGCCAUGGGCCUGCCGCACUGGCUGUGUGAGGCCAUCGGUGGCCAGCGCAGCACCUCCGCCGAGCAGCAGCAACCACUGAGCACUAGCUCUGGGGUGCCGGGGCUCUACGGCUUGCUGCUGCAGGGCAUCGCGGAGCCGAGGGAGAGCGAUUUCAUCACGGUGCCCAUGCCCUCGCUGGAGCAUCAAGCACGUCUGAAGCCAAAUGGCUUGCAAACGUCCGGCGAGGUCAACGAUCCAGCGCUUUUGGCGAGCCGCGGGGUGCUUCGCUGGGCGGAGCUUCGCUUCAAGAGCGUGGAGCAGGCAAGGCGCCGCGCUGCCAUCCUUUUCCUGUGCAGUUGGAGCGCUCUGCACCGGGAGGCUGUACCUAUCGUGCCAAAGUCCAUGAUCCAGAACACGGAGGUGGGUGCUGCGGUGCUCCGCUUUUGGAAGGUUUACGGACUUACUUGGGCCGUGGGUGAGAAGACCUCUACGUACAAGCUCAGGAACCUUGCCAUGAAGCACUUGAACACCGUAUCCCUGAAUGGUCGAGAAUCCUGGUCCUUCGUCAUGAGGCAAGAGUGGCUCGGCAUGGACCGAACUGGGCCCUUGCUCUCGGAGAAGACGAUCACCGUCAAGGAGGCUUUCGCUGGCAACAAAUGGGGCGUGAGCUCCAGCGGCCUCACAGGCUCAGGCAGCCCGGUACCUUUGCGCGGCGCCAAGGGCAGGGGCAUGCUGCCACCGCUGCCGCCCACGCGGCCAGGGUCCGAGGCAUCAGCGAGGACUCCCAGAAACAGCUCUGGCGCAACCUCCCCAACCAGCUGGCAUGGAGGCUCGCCCCGAACCUCACCGCGAGUGUCUCCGGCCUCGCCCCGAGCCAGCCACGAGCUACGGCGGAUCUGGGGCGACCUGGGCGAAGCUUUCAGGAGGACACCUCCUGUGCCGCCCUGGUCACCUGCGCCUCAGAGCGCGCGCCGGAAGGCCGCAAGCCCAUCUCUGACUCCUCGGACUCGGUGAUUCCUGUGCACUGCGAUAGACUCGUUAAAGAAUGACUAGUCGACAUGUGCUUACAUGCGCUUACAUGUACUUACGUGCACCAAGUACUUGCCUUGGAACUUACUUCCGAAUUCCUGGGCGAAAUUCGGACUGCGCGCUCAGCGAAGCGGACGUUUGUCGAGACCGCGCGGUUUGGCAUGCUAGUCUCAAGGGGGCUGUCCAGCCCGAAACCUCGGCAAAGCCAGAGCCUUGGGGAAAAGGUCGUGCCUCGUUUGGCGCUUUCGGAGUUUUAAACCAAGCCGGGCACCCCUCCCGUCACAAAAACCAAGGCAAAGGCUCCAGCUUGAGCUUCUUCGCAGGCUCAAGUCUAUAAGCCGAUGUCUUCCAGG